CGUGGAGCCUCCCUCUGCCUCCGGCUCCAUCAGUGCCGCGCGCGGCCCCGUCGCUGGAGGCGGCCGCCUCUGGGACCCGGGCCCGCUGCCGGGACGUGCAGCCUCCGGAGUCCAGACGAGCUUGUUUGGGGGAGGACGGCGGGGAAGGGACCAUGCAAAGCUUGGCUUGAAAUGCCGAAGCGGGGAUUGAUUUGUCUUGGGCAGAGGAGGGAUCCCGCGGCCACCCCUUCCAGACAGCUGUCGGGCUGGAGGAGCUAUCUAGCGCUUACAAAUACUCCCCAAGAAGGGAGCCAACAGAAAGCAGAACAGAGCAAAACAUAUGGAUACAAUGGAACAUAUAUUACUGCUACUCAUGUUUUCCAUUCCCAUUAUCAGUCUCACCAAUGGAGCAGAAACAGAACAAGAUUUCACUUGGCACUUAAAGAAGGUACCUCAGAUUGUGAGCGAGAGAACUUUGUCCCUUGAUAGUCCUAAAUUUGAAGCAACAACCAAAUUAGAGCUGAAGAGAGUGUGUGGAAUUGAGUGCCAAAGGAAACUUCCAGUGCCGAGUCUGUCUGACUUGAAGGAUUUCCUCUCCUAUGAGACUGUUUUUGAGAAUGGCACACGGACCCUGACUCAAGUAAAUGUCUUGGGCCUAACAUCUGAUCAAGCUCAGAACACUAACACAAGAAUGUCCUUAAGAAGAAAGAGGCAGAUAUAUGGCACAGACAGUAGAUUCAGCAUCUCUGACAAGAAGUUUAUGACUAACUUCCCAUUCAGCACAGCUGUGAAGAUCUCCACCGGCUGCAGCGGAAUUCUCAUUUCCCCGAACCAUGUUCUAACAGCUGCUCACUGUGUGCACAAUGGCAAAGAUUAUGUCAAGGGCAGCAAAAAGCUGAGGGUAGGAUUGCUAAAGGAGAGAUCCAAAGGCAGUGGCAAGAAACGCAAAGGUGCUAAUAGGACUAAGAGAGAAAUUUCUGAGGUCAGAGAUGAUGGGGUGGAUGGCACAGAACAAAAUCCAGGUUCCAAAGGUGGUGGUAGAAAACAAAAGUCAACUGGGAGGGGUCAGAGAACCUCAAAGGGUAAGCCUUCCUUCCAGUGGACCAGGGUAAAAAGUACCCAGAUCCCCAAAGGCUGGUUAAAAGGCAAAAAUGGUGAUGUUUCCCUCGAUUACGAUUAUGCUGUUCUUGAGCUCAAGCGCCCACACAAAAGGAAAUAUAUGGAGCUGGGAAUCAGCCCAACAAUCAAAAUGAUGCCUGGCAGUAUGAUCCAUUUCUCAGGUUUUGAUAAUGAUCGAUCUGGGCAGCUAGUCUAUAGAUUUUGUAGUAUAUCUGAUGAAUCCAGUGAUCUUUUCUACCAGUACUGUGAUGCUGAGCCUGGUUCUACUGGAUCUGGAAUCUAUCUUCGCCUUAAAGAGCCAGACAAAAAGAAAUGGAAGCGCAAGAUUAUUGCAAUUUACUCAGGUCAUCAGUGGGUAGAUGUCAAUGGUGCACAACAGGAUUAUAACGUAGCAGUACGAAUUACUCCUCUCAAAUAUGCCCAGAUUUGCUUCUGGAUACAUGGGAACGAUGAGAAUUGCACACAAGGUUGAUAAAAACUGAAACUGUUCUCUGGCACUGACAGUGUAAAUCUGCCCUAAAUGUUAUUGGAAGAGCAUCAGAGCAUCACCCUAUACCAGGAUGUAUUUGAACUUGAAGCAUGCAAGUAAUAUUUUCAUAUAUUGAGUACUGCUACCCUUCAAUUAGUAGAAUUAUUUUUAAUUGUCUAGUAAACCAACUUUAAAUAUGCACUUGAAAUUCAAAACUGUACUUUAUGUUUAAAUUUGUGAUACAUUCACAUAGUUCAGAUUAAAAGACAACUAGUUGGUGGGGUCAAUUUUUCUAAUAUACUUAAAAUUUCUCAAACUGGUACUAUUAAACGUGUAUUUUUUCAAUUGACUUGCUUUACUCAGGGUUCCAUUCCAACAAGUUCCAUGUACUUAUUGUACUGUAUGUGCAGAAUUAUCCUAAUUGUGAAACAUUGAAGUAAGACCAAACUAAUGAUGGUUAGUUUUUACUGAAGAUCGUACUUCCACACUGAGAUGCAGCAGUCUAGUUCAUGUUGGAUGCCAUGGAUGGUAUGACCGGGGAUAGAGCACUCUAGAAUAUACCCUGUUCAUAUGCUCUCCUUCUAAAGCAUUCACUCCUGCCACUGUUGCAGGCAGGAUACUGGGCUAGACGGACUAUUGGUCUGACCCAGCAUGGCACUUGUUUUUGACUUGGGAAAUUCUUUUUCAAGGUUGCCUUGCAAAGACUUUUGUGGGAAUUCUGAAUUUCUGUGGGUGAUACUCAGACCUAACACCAGAAAGUUCAUUCCAUUGUUUGCUAAAAUAACAAAAAGAGGUUAGUGAAUGUAGGAGUUCCCCUGCUAAGGAUAAAGAGAAACCAUCAGGGUAAUCUAAUGCCUGGAAGUCUAGUUUAAGAAACUAUACACAUCUGGGAAAUAUUAAGCAUGCAUCUUUUCAUUUUAGUUGGUUAGCUCCACAUUUGCAGGCCAGAUGCAGUCCAUAGGUGUAGGUUGCCAACUCUCAUGCAAUUGCCUUUAUUAAAAAAUGGCUGUUGACAACAAUUUGAAAGAAAGAGCAAAUAUGGCUGCAUAUGAUAGCUUUUGGGUGGUCAGCAUUUUAAUAGGUUCUGUAAUUACUUCUGUAAGUGUUCAGACUUCAUAGAUAAGCUUCACAGUGUAUCAGCCUGGGAGCUGGAAAGCAAUAUUUUGGUUUGUCAUCAUACAGUUUAAUCAGAUCCUACUCUGAUCUUAUCACCAAAAAACUAGAGAUAAACAAAAAUAAUCCUUCCAUGCCAAAUCAUGUUAAAAUCACCUACUGAAAUGGAAGCGACCAGUCCUGUAAAUAGAAUAGAUUUAUUGUUAGGUAGCAACCAUGCUAAUAAAAUAAUGUGUGUGUUUGCUGUUACUAAACUACACAGCUAAAAGAAAAGGUACCUCUAUCAAGUGAUUUUGAUGGUUUAAAGUUUGUAUAUAAGCAUCACUAACAUUUUUUGCUAUCGAGUAUGCUUAAUUGCUACACAUGCAACCUUAUUUUAUUUGUUACACAGAGACUUUGAAAAACCCAAAGUUUCAGGAUGCUAGUUUAACAUAAUAAUGUAAAAUGAAAAUGCCUAUAUCAGGCCAUUUGCAUUUGGUUUUAUUACUGCUAUUCAAUAUUUCCGUAUUUAAUGUGCUGUGAUAUUUUGCUUGUAUUGACCAAACUUCAAUUUCUCUCAGUUGAAUUUCUCUCAAAUUGAAGAAAGUGUAAUGAGAUUUUUUUAAAGAUAUUUUGAUUUGCUGUAUCUUUAAAACAUACUUAUAAUGUGUUUUCAUGAAGUAAGUUUUUUUAAAUCCAUUAGUUUAUCAUUUUCAACUAUACAUAAAAUCUGGCACGUUUUGUUUGCAAGGUGACGUUUUUGCCUCUAUAGUAGCAAAGUAUGAACCUUUAAUGUCUGGUUCUCUAUAAUAAUCAAAACCUGUUUGACAUUUUGUGGUAUUUUAUUAAACUGAAAGCACCGCACUUUAAUAUGCAUAUUUAAAAUUUAGGCCAUUUCUGCAAGACACUUACAUUUAACUUCAUUUACAUGUCUGUUGCCUGUUUCUGUAAAUAUUUAAUCAAUAAGUUGAAAAAAAUAUGCUGCAGGCACAGUUAAACAUUAAUGACAUCAUACUUUGUUUUACUAUCUCUAAUGAUCAUUAUUUCUUGAUUAAAAAUAAAAUAAAAUCACCUCUGGCCAGUAUUUGCCUCUUGUACCCUAAAAUCACUGGGCUACACUCUCUUUUAGAAAGCUCUAUAAUGCCUCUGGAGUACAUUUUAAAAUAAAUAUUCUAACAAAAUAAUACCAAAACCUUCGCUGCUGUAAAUCAACAUAGCAACGAUGACCAACUAGGAGUUCUACUAGCUGCUGAUCUGAUUUCCCACCCCCCAAAACAAAACAAACCAGUCUAUCAAAAAUUAAUGUUGACAACUUGAUUCCUUGUUUUGGUAAGGCUGAAAGUCAGGAAAAAGAUAAGAACAGCAAAAAAGAGAUGGUAACAGACAUAUAUUGAUUUUGUUAUUAUAAACAUCUGCCAUGCUACCAUCUGCAUGUGCCAAGCAUCUGCCUCCUCAAUCUAAUAUUCCCUUACCUAGCAUAAAUGCACACACAUCUUUAUAGGACAAAUAGUAGAAAGAGUAUUUUCAAAUGACUAUACAGUAAUACAUCAGAACCAUCUUCAUAUAUGUCCACAUUUGGUGUAAGCAGGUACCAUUUCAUUGGACCAGGAGUCACACCAAGAUCAAAUUAUAAUAAACAAUAGCUCUAGAGUCGAUCAGUAGCACAGAUAGGAAAGAUGUGGAUGGCCAAAAUAUUGCUUUCUGCUGUGCCCUAAUACCAUAAAAUAUUAAAAGCCAUCAUUGAACAUUACAGACUGAAACAAGGUCAAGUGGGUUUUCACAUUAAUCUGCAUAAACCAAAAAGAUCGAUGGAGUGUGGAGCUGGCAAUGAUGGUAAAUAAAACAAGUAUCCCUCAGCUUGUAAGAGUUUUUUGUAGUACAAAGCUGGCACCUGUUAAAAUUGUUUCUAAUUCAAAUUCAGAUGCUCUUUAAAUGGAGGCAACAGAUCUGAAUUUGACUUUUAAACUGUAUGUUUCAGAACUCAUGAGCACCUGGCCCAAAUUAUGGCAGAACAUCAACCAUGACCUCCUAAGAGGCUUCUAUCCCUCUGAAGAAGUGGGCUACUCAUUACUUGUAUUUAUUUAGUACCAAUGCUUUCUUUUUAGGAGCUGCUCAGUCUGCUCUAAUGGACCUAUUACAGCAACUUUCUGCCUGGCUUUAGGGAGAAGAAGAAUCCUUCUCAACUCGCCUUUCUGUGAGGGGUGACAGGCGCUUUAUAAAGAUGAAACAAUAACUUUUGGUGAUAACAAUGAACAUUCUGAUACAAAUGCAAACAAGCUAAUGACUGCAGACUUUCGAAUGUGCAGCAUGUUUUCCACUUUGAGAAGUCCCAUUGAAGUCAAACUGACUACUUGGUGUGUAAAGUUUAGCAUGUGCUUAAGGCUUUGCAGGACUGCAGCCCAAGCAUAUAUAGACUUAAAGCAGUGGUAUUCAACUUUUUGGUUCCGUGGGCCAGAUAAGUGACAUGGGGCCAGUCCACAGGUCAGACUGGACUCCACACUGCCUAUGCCCAGCCCUACACCACACUGCUCAGCUUUAACUGGCCCUGCACAGCCCUCACUGACUCCACAAACUCAUGCUAUCUGGUCUCUGGGGUUCCCACUGGGUCCAGAAAUUUGACAGCAGGGGAGAGGCAAUUAGCUGCCACCAAAUUUUUUGGAUACAUGGGGAGCCCCAGGGACAGAUAACAUGGCCCUGACAAACACGCUGUAAGUUAGCAGCAUUAUUUUUUUUUACAUAAUUUUACCAAUGCUUAAAAUUAAUCCCUCAAAGAGUCUGUUAUUUAAGAUUCACAGGAUAUAAAUCUGCUGAUAAUAUGACUCUACUAUGACAAAAAUCACUGAAUAGAAAAUGAAUUUCUUUAUAAGAAAACAUGGAAAUAUUGCUGAGAAAGAGAGAAGCUUUUUUGCUUUUAAGAAAUCAAUGCUCCAUUUAAUAGAAACAAAUAAUAAAUUCAGCAAUUAAUAAGGGAAGAGCAGGAAGAGCAAGCUGGUGUUAUAGAGGGAUUCAAGGAAGGACACUUGAUACACAGAUGUUCCAAGCAAACAGGCUGGCAUGAAGAGCAACAGCUGUAGUUAAGAUAGAGAGGGUAGAGAGAAGUGUGAGGAUCAAGAAAUCCUGGAGGAAGCAGGUAAAAAACAUAGGGCUAUAAAUUAAUAUUGCAUAGAAUUAUGUAAAAUUGCAUAGAAAUCUUAUUUUACUGUUAAAUAAUUGUCAGUUCCUGCUGGCCUCAAGCAAAAACAUGGGGUGCAAGUGCAAGUUCUAGGAGUCAGCAGGGACCACUAAGAAAUUCUAGACCCCAAUCUCAGUCCUUACAUGCAGUUUCAUGGAAGUCAACACAACUACUUUUCUUCAUAAAUUGUACUUGUAUUAUAGUGUCAGGCCACAUAGGAAACAUCUGAUCUGAGACUGACAGAAAGCAUGGGGAAUACGAACCCUUCAACCAUAGGAUGCAUAAUAAAUGGAGGGAAUUUCUGUCAGUUGGUAAUUUUUUCAACAUGGCAUAUUGUUACAGUUCUGAUAAAGCUUGUUCUCUGUCAAAUGACGAACCUGAAGUUUUCAGUUAUUAUUGCCUUUUAUUGCCUGUACCUUGAAUUCUAGCUAAUAAACACUUUCAAAUACUUCAGAUUUCGGUUGGAUGUAUGUGCUGAAAUGUAACUGGAUACUUUUUAUUUAAAAAUACUGCAUGUCACUUUAAUAAUACGUCUGCUGGUUUUUAACAUAUGUUUUACAUAAUAUAUUUUAUCCAGAGAUGCCAGUUAUUUUUAUCUAGAAAUGCCAGGAUUAAAGGCUGACUGCAACAUAAAUUUUAAGAGUAUUGUUCAACUGAAAGCCUGAAAUUACACAUUAAGCUCUAAGGAUGUGGAAGUCAAUCUGAGUUGUGUUGAGCUAUUUUUAUUUCCCACAGCUGUUUUCUCCCAAUGUUAAAUUACACUCUGGUUAAAAACAAAAAGAAUCACUAGCCUUGUGCUGUAGCUUUUUAUCUUCUGCAAAAUGCAGAUUUGAGUCAGGAUUCAUUUUUCUUUUCUAAAGAAUGGGAGCAAAAAACCCUAGAGAAGCUGUGUUUUGUACAUAUUCAAAGUGACAGGUGAAUAUACAAACUCACGUGAAUGCACACAUUUCUUAUAAAUCAAGACCUUACACACACACAAGGCAAUAUGCAUGUUGUAUUAGAAAUAUGGUCUACAUUUUUCCCUCUUUGUUUUCUAUGUUGUUGAUGCAACAAAAUUUUUAUGAAUGUAAUAGUUUGGUAGUAAGCAGCCCUUUGGAAUUCUUUAAAAAGUAAAAAUUUCUGGAAGUAUUUAGAUGCGAAUAUUAGCUUUAGCAUGCUCUUCAGUUACAUACAAGAACAGUGAUACACCUUUUGUUUAUAAUACUAAAUUCAUGGCAUAAAAGUGCAAGUAUUUACAAUUAUCUAUCUUUCUUUGUAAACUGAAAUGAUCAGUAAAUGGAACAGAAGAACCCACAGGAUAACCAACAGCUUAUUUAUUCACCAGCAAAAGAUUCACUCAAUUCCCUCUUUCUGGUAUCAUUAGCUUGUUUUUAUCUCAAAAGACUCUAGGUAAUGUGUGAGGUGUUCACAAUAUAUAGCAUUUGCCUCACUCAGCUCAAAUCAGACAAUUUUGUCACUUUUAUCACCAGGAGUGAGUUAAAGUUGAGAAGAGACUGCACCACUGUAAUUAACACCUAUACUUUGUCUAAACAGCAGUGUCUCGAACAGGUUUAAUCUUUUUCAUGUUAACUAAUUUUUAAGCUUGUGUCAUGAUAGUGACUAAUAACAGGCACUGACCUGGGAACAUUGCUUUCCUGAUAUUUAGGAUGCAGUACAAUGAUAUGGUU